AUGAAUUAAUUGUUAAAUAAUUUAAAGUUUCAUAAGCCAUUUUUUAAGUUAAACACAGCAUAGAUUGAAAUACUUAAAGAUCCUGUAGACUUUUAUGUGAAUUUACACAAGGGAAUAAAAAGCGCUUAGAAGAGAAUAGUAUGGAGUACUUUGUAUAUUGGAAAUGGAAAUAUGGAAGAGUUUUUAAUAGAGAGUUUGUCGAAUCAAUAAAGAAGAUUUGAGUAGUUAAGGAUUUCAUUAUUAAUGGACUAUUAUAGAGGGACACGAAGAGAUAAGAAAAAUCACACUACACCAAUAGAUCAUUAUCUUCAUUUGAGAAUGCAAAAUUUAUAUGCAAACAAUAUGAAACUUGGAUUAAUGAGACAUCCUUUCCUCCCUCAAAUUGCUAAUAUGUUUGAAGAAUCUGCAGCAAGAGAGAUUUUCAAUGUUCACCAUAUGAAGUGGUAUAUCUUUGAUAAUCGAGUAAUUUUGACCGGAGGUAAUUUAUAAUUAAAUGAAUAGCUAAUUUAUAGGAACAAUACUUUAUUAAUAGAUAAGAUAGAUACAUGGUAUUUCAUGAAGCUAAUGAGAUAGCAGAUUAUUUAGAUGAUGCUUAAUCUGCAUUGCUAUAACAUGCGUAUUAUGUUGACUUUGAUUCUAAUUCCAAAUUUGAUCCUUUGAGAGCUCAACCUUUUAAAAGAUAAUAAUAUUUUAAAGAAUUCCAUCAAACUUGGAAGAUCUUCAAAUUUAGUUACAAAGAAGCUGCUGAAAUCAAAAGCGAUGAUGAAGAAUAUUAAGAAUAGUAAUAAGAUAAAGCAUAAAAGCAGGAGGAAGAAAAUAAUGAUACAUAAUAAGAAUAAGAAUAAGAAGAGGAAUUAUCAUAGGAAGAGAUGUUACAAUUUUAUGAAAGAGAUUUAGUAGUAGAACAAAAGAUACAAGAAAGAAAAGAAUAAGCAAAAUUAAUGUAAAUAAAGUUAUAAUCAUAGUGAAGAUUAAAUAAGAGUUUCAACAAGGGAGAUGUUCAAAACAUUAUUAACAGAUUAGAGAAGGCACUUUAUAAAGAUGAAGAAAGAGAAUUAGAUGAGGGAGAGGAAUGCACUGUUCUAAUUACUCUACACAUUCCAUACUUAUAAACUGAUGAAGAUAAGUUAGUUUUUAUGAGGAUUUUAGAACAUCUAGAUUAAUUUACAUGUAUGAAAUUAUAUUAUAGUAAGAGGUGACUUGGGCAUCUGGAUAUAUGAAUUUUACUAAGACUAUUAUUAAUUUUGUGAAUAAUUGCAAGACUGAUAUUAAGUUUGUAACUGCCAGUCCAGGAGCAAAUGGAUUCCAUAAGGCUGGAAAGGCAAAGUCAUUUAUUCCAUUAUUAUAUCGUAAUUUUGAAUUGGCUAUAGAUAAACCAAUUUUUGAAUACAAAAGAAAUGGUUGGACAUUUCAUACUAAGGGAUUUUGGGCUGAACUUUAGGAUGGUUCCACAAUGACAAUUAUUGGCAGUUCAAAUUAUGCUGAAAGAUCAGAAAAAAGAGAUAAUGAAAUUUAAGCUUAUAUUUUCACUUAAUGUCCAAUGUAUAAAUAAGAUUUAAAAAAAGAAUAAAAUUAAUUGUUCAACUAUGCUGAAAAAAUAACAAAGGAAGAAAUACUCAAUGAUCCUGAAAUCAAAAUCAAUUGGAAAAUUAAAUUAUUAUCCAAAAUUUUUAAAUCAAUGAUGUGA